CCAAAGACUUAAUGAUUUUGUGAUCACACAUGUUGAUUUCACACAUAUUGAACAGAAAAUGGCAAAAAAUUCGUUCUUUGAAAUGAAAGUUGAAGGAAAGUUUUGAACUUGAAUGGCAGCAUUCACUUUCCUGCUGGGCUAGCUUAGUAAGAAGAGGGAGGCUAGUAGAAGCAAACAUCAUCCGGAUGGGAUGGGACCCAAGAAAAGCACAAUAAUUUAUUACAAAGCCAUGAAAUGUUAUGCAAGUCAGAGAGAGAUUGCUUAGCAUCACCAACCCCAGAUUCCAAGGGCAGAUCAAGAAAAAUAAAAUUAAAAUUAAGGUCUCAGCCAAGGGAGGAACUUGAGAAGAAGCCUACCUCUCUGGACCCAUGCCCUAGUUGGUUGCUUUGGUGGUUCCUUCAUGAUGAUUUUGAACUGUUAGUGAUAUUCUUGUUUGCCUGCUCUCAUCAUUUGCAAGAGAUGCUACUGCCCAGUUGCAGCUCACUUGGACCUUUCACUGGAAUCUAGUGCUUUUGCUUCCUAUAGCAGUCAUCCCUCAUGUCAUGACUCAUUUCCACUGCUAAAGAGGAAAAGGAGGAUAAAAGUCGGUGAGGGGAGAAGCAUGUGGGGUUUCUGUUAGUAGCAGACACGAGUAACAUGACCAUGCCUUUUUGGAAUCUGUAGUCACAUAACGUAUACAGUACAAGUUGAAUGCUUCAGGGUCUCCAUUGAAGCUCUGCUCUUUCCGAGCUACAAUUUUACUCUGCAACAAGCAAUGGUGACUGGUCUCUGGUUUUGAGCUGCAAAAUUUUCCCAAUCAAAUUCUAGAGAGGAAGAAAACUUCUGACUUCUGAGUAAUGGAAGAAAAAGUGGUCUCCAAUUCAUACGCAUCUGAAGAGAAGAGUGAUAGUUUGUAUCCUAUGUAUUUUGGUGUUUCUUGUGCUUUCUUUGCUCUACGGCUCCUGUCAAUACCUGAUAUGCAAGAUGAGAGGUUGUCUGAAGUACGCGAUAAAAUGCUUCGAGGAAGUGCGCAACUGUUGGGAUUGCUUGUAUGGAGAGUUCAGAAAGAAGGAAGAAGUGCGCAAUAUUAUGAACUUCUCCAUAAGCUUGAGACUGCUGAAGUAGAAAUUGGAGGGUUGAAGAGACUGAGGCAUGAAGAUGCAAAAGCCAAUGAGAAAGUUGUGAGCAUCUUUGCUGCACAGGAGCAAUGCUGGUUAAAUGAAAGGAAGAAAUUGCGGCAGCAUAUUGGGGCUCUAAUAAAUGCAUUUAAGGUUCGUGAGAAAAAGGAGGAUGAAACAAUUUCUGACAUGAAUGAUAAAAUGAAGGAUAUGGAGCUUUUGGUGCAAUCUAAGGACAAGGCAUUGGGGGAACUGGAGCAGAAGUUGAAAGAAACAGAAGAGAAGCUAACAAAGGCUGAAAGUGUUGCAGAAGAAUUGAGAGAAAAUGCUCAGCGUGCAGCCCAAGAGCAUUCUUCUGAGCUUUUGAAGCAGAAAACUGCAUUUUUGGAGCUUGUGUCAAACCAACGGCAGCUUGAUGCUGAUAUGGGUCGAGCACUUAGGCAAGUUGAAGCUUCUAAGCGGGAGAUAAAUGUAGUCUUGGAUCAAAAGGAGGAGUCAGUUGUGAUGGUUCAAAAACUGUCUGCGGAAAUUGUAAAGAUGCAUAAGGAUUUGGAACAGAAAGACAAGAUUUUGUCAGCAAUGCUUAGAAAAUCCAAGUUAGAUACAACAGAGAAGCACAUGCUUCUAAAGGAGAUUAAAUUAUCAAAGGCAAAGAGGAAGCAAGCUGAGCUUGAAACAGAACGAUGGAAGGUAGUCUCUGAGUCUAGACAUGAGAGGCAUUCAUUGAGAAGUAUGUUGGAAAAAGCAAAUUCUAGGUUUGAGAUUGCUUUAAAUGAAAGAGGGGCGAAUUCUAGUGCAACAGGUGCAUCCCAUUUACACAUUGUAAAGGCCAUACCACAGCCAGUUCAUGCUCUUCUUGGGUAUGAACAUUCUGAGUUUAUAAAUGAAUCGGAUGGAUACUCGUUUGAGGCAAAGCAGGACCUGGCUGAUGUUAAGCAGUUGGAAGGUUGGGUUCGCUCAGAAGCAGAGAGGUAUGCAGCUGUAAUUGAGCAAAGGCAUCACCUAGAAAUGGAUGCUUUUGUAGAGCAAUUAAGACUCAAAGAUGAGAAAUUAGAAACUUAUCGAUGGCGCUUGCUGAGCAUGGAAUUAGAAUCAAAGCGGCUAGAGUCCCAUGUCGAGGGACUGAACAAAGAUUUGGCACAUCUCAGACAUAAUAACAUGAAAUUGGAAGCCUUGCUAUUGGAACGGGAAGAAGAAUUAACUUCCCUGAAAGAGCAGUUUGCAUCACAGUUAAGGUUUCUAAACAGCCAGAAGAACUUAAAUUCAACUGCAUAUGAUUCGUCAGUAGUCAAUGAUGCCCUUUGGCACAAAUUCAAUAUCAUAAGUAGGAAAGCAGAUGAGGAAGAUCAGAACACGAAGAGAACUUUGAUGGAACAAUCUCAAGAGCAAAACAUUAAGAAAGAAAAGGAAACCCCGUCUUCUAGCCUGUGUAAAAAUGUAAUUUUGAAGAUACAAUCUCCUGACAAAGAGUUUGAAGUAGAUAAGGAUGUUGCCUAUGAAGGAACAAGUCAAGAGGGAAGUGAAAGUUCGGUGGCAGUUAAUGGCACUGAAAAGUUGGCAUCACCAACGCAUGCCUCAAGUACAAAUAAUUCUCUGUGGAGGAUGGAUCUUCAAGCUCUUGGAGUUUCUUACAAGGUGAAGAGGCUGAAGCAACAACUUCUUAUGCUUGAAAGAUUUACAGGAAAGCACGAAGGUGCUGAAGAUCAUACAGAAAGCAAUGAUGAUGGGCAAAGUGGGAUUAAAGGUUUUCUUUUGCUAAUGUCCCUGCUGAAUAAACAAGUCGGCCGGUACCAGUCUUUCCAAGGGAAGGUUGAUGACCUCUGCCAUAGGAUGCAUGACAAUGGUUUAGAUCAAAAUGGUAGACGCGGAGAUUCGGAUACUGCCAGAACAAAAGACAAGACCAAAACACUAGAGCACUUUCUUGACGAAACAUUUCAGCUGCAGAGAUAUAUGGUUGCAACAGGCCAGAAACUAAUGGAAAUUCAACCCAAGAUUGCUUCUGGACUUGUUGGUGUUGCUGAAGAGCUAGAAACAUGUGCCAGCUUUGACAUGAAUCGCUUCACCGACUUUAUUAGAACUCUCUUCCAGGAAGUUCAAAGAGGUCUAGAGGUUCGGAUAGCUCGAAUUAUUGGAGACCUUGAGGGGACCUUGGCUUGUGAUGGGAUGAUACAGUUGAGGAGGUUAUGAUGAAAAACCAUAAGAUGAGGUUCAAUUAAUAACGGUAGUUUCGACUGAUUUAUAUACUCAGAUAUGUAUAGGGCUGGCUAUAGGCAAAUAACGUAUAUAAUUUUAAUGCAGAAGAAAUGCCAUGAGUUUAACUUUUA